AUGGCGGAGAGCCAGGAGGUCGCUGGCAGCAGCAGUGCGGCCCCGAUGUGCGCCAACGGCUGCGGGUUCUUCGGGAGUGCGGCGACCAAGAACCUCUGCUCCAAGUGCUACAAGGAGCACCUGAUCAAGACCGCCGACGCCGCCGCUACUCCCGUCGACGAGAAGAAGAUUGAGGCCGCCAAGGCUGCUGAUGCUCACGUGUCCGAGCAGCUGGUUGGCCAAGAUCCUGACGACGCCACCGCUGCCGUUGCAGUGGCCACGGCCACGGCCACGGCCACGCCGGUUGCUCAAGCGCCGACGUGGUCGACAGAGAAGGAGAACGGCGGCUGCCUCGUGGCGGAGACGCAGAAGCAGGAACCAUCCGUCCGCGGCGGCGGCGCCAUCAAGUGCGUGGCAAACGGGUGCGGUUUCUGCGGAUCCGCGGCGACCAACAACAUGUGCUCCGGCUGCUACAGGGACUUCCUCAAAGACGUCCACGCCGCCCCUGCUGUGGCGGACAAGGUCGUCGUCCUCGCUGACGAGCAACCGGCGGCCCAGAUCUCUGCUGCUGCAACUUCCAGUGCUACGCCCGCGGUGGAGGCGGCGCCGGUGGCGAAGGCGGCGGCGCCCAACAGGUGCGCGUCGUGCCGCAAGAAGGUGGGGCUGCUGGGGUUCCCCUGCCGCUGCGGCGGCACGUUCUGCUCCCUGCACCGGUACGCGGAGAAGCACGACUGCGACUUCGACUUCAAGACGGCGGACCGGGAGAAGAUCGCCAAGAACAAUCCGCUCGUCGUGGCAGCCAAGAUCAACAAGAUCUGA